AAGACUUGCAAAGAGCGGCGUCUAAGAAAUACACAGAAAAUAUUCUCUCCAUUGUAGUAGCUUCUCAUUGCAUAUCAUGGCUUCUUCUUCUUUGUUCACAACUCGCAUCAGGAGAUACCAAGUCUUUCCGAGUUUCCACGGUCCAGAUGUCCGCAAAGGAUUUCUCAGUCAUUUACAAAAUCACUUUGCAAGCAAAGGUAUCACGACGUUCAAGGACCAGGAGAUCGAGAGAGGUCAGACGAUUAGACCUGAGCUCGUACUAGCGAUUAGACAAUCACGAGUCUCGAUUGUGUUGCUCUCAAAGAAGUAUGCUUCUUCCAGCUGGUGUUUAGAUGAACUCGUUGAAAUCUUCAAGUGUAAAGAAGCUUUUGGGCAGAUUGUGAUGACUAUUUUUUACGAGGUUGAUCCGUCAGAUGUACGGAAACAGAGGGGAGACUUCGGGAGCGCUUUCGAAAAGACUUGUCAAGGGAAAACUGAAGAGGUAAAGCAGAGUUGGAGCAAAGCUUUGACCGAUGUCGCAAACAUAGAAGGGGAGCACUCUCUUAAUUGGGCUAAUGAAGCAGCGAUGAUCCGAAAGAUUGCUGCAGAUGUUUCAAACAACCUGAAUAUCACACCGUCCAGGGAUUUUGACGGGAAGGUGGGACUUGGAGCUCACUUGACAAAACUGAACUCUUUGUUAUGGCCUGGCUGUUAUGAUCCGAAGCCGAAGAAGAUUAUUGGAAUUUGGGGUCCUGCAGGAAUUGGUAAGACAACCAUUGCUAGAGCUUUAUUUAACCAACUCUCUGGUGGUUUUCAACUUAAAUGUUUUAUGGGGAACCUCAAGGGAAGUCUUAAGAGCAUAGUGGGUGUCGAUAGCCAUGAAUCCAAGAGGUCUCUGCAACAGCUACUUCUGUCUAAGAUUUUGAACCAAGUGGAUAUAAAGACAGAUCAUUUAGGUGCAAUAAGAGAUCGGCUGAAAGAUCAAAGAGUGCUCAUCAUUCUUGACGAUGUAGAUGAUCUAGAGCAAUUAGAGGUUUUGGCUUACAACUCUUCUUGGUUUGGUUCUGGAAGUCGGGUCAUCGUUACCACUGAAGAUAAGAAGAUUCUCAAGGCUCACGGAAUUCAAGAUAUCUACCAUGUGGAUUAUCCAUCCGUGAAAGAAGCUUUUGAGAUCUUAUGUCUCUCUGCUUUCAAACAAACUUGUAUACCAAGAGGUUUUGAAGAGCUUGUAUAUAAAGUAGCAAAUCUUUGCGACUACCUUCCAUUAGGCCUUUGUGUCGUGGGUUCAUCUUUGCGUGGGGAGAGCAAGCACGAGUGGGAACUUCAAUUAUCUAGGAUCGAAACUAGCCUUCAUGGAAAAAUUGAGGACGUAUUAAAAGUGGGCUAUAACAGAUUGUCGAAGAAAGAUCAAUCUCUAUUCCUGCACAUUGCAUGCUUCUUCAACAAUGAAGUCGUAAAUUAUGUGAUGUCUAUGCUUUCUGACUGUAACUUGGAUGUUGGAAAUGGCUUGAAGACCCUAGCCGAUAAAUCUCUCGUGCAUAUAUCUACUAAUGGACGGAUAGUGAUGCACCACCAUCUACUACAACAAUUGGGUAGACAGAUAGUUCUUGAACAGUUUGACGAAGCCGGGAAACGUCAAUUUUUAAUCGAGGCCGAAGAGAUUCACGAUGUAUUGACAACCGAAACGGGUACUGGAUCUGUCAUAGGUAUAUCAUAUGAUACAUCCAAUAUCGGAGAGGUUUCUGUGAGUAAAGGGGCUUUUGAAGGAAUGCGUAAUCUCCGUUUCCUAAGAAUCUAUAGGAGUUUGUUUGGUGGCAAAGGUACUUUGCAAAUACCACAAGAUAUGGAGUAUUUACCUCGUCUUAGGUUACUACAUUGGGAUCAUUACCCGAGAAAAAAUCUUCCUCCAAGAUUUCAGCCGGAACGUCUCGUCGAACUUCAUAUGGAACACAGUUACUUUGAGAAGCUGUGGGGAGGAAUCCAGCGCCUCCCUAAUCUGAAGAGCAUAAAUCUGAGCUAUUCCCGUAGAUUGAAAGAAAUCCCAAAUCUGUCAAAUGCUACUAAUCUCGAGACGUUGAAACUUACGAAGUGCGCCAGUUUGGUGGAGCUUCCCUCCUCUAUUUCGAGUCUACACAAACUGAGUAAGUUGAAUAUGAGGGGCUGCUCCAAGCUACGUGUUAUUCCCACCAAGAUCAACCUAGCGUCUCUUGAGAAAGUUGACAUGAGUUAUUGCUCGAAAUUGAGUAGAUUUCCAGAUAUCUCCAGUAACAUCAAGACUCUCCGUGUCGGAAAAACAAAGAUAAAAGAUGUCCCUCCAUCCGUUGCUGGAUGUUGGUCUCGUCUUGAGUGCCUUAAGAUUGGCAGCAGCAGCCUCAAGACAUUAACACAUGCCCCGCUAAGUAUAACUUCGCUAGAUCUUAGUAACAGCGAUAUAAAGAUGAUUCCAGAUUGCGUCAUAAACCUCCCGCAUCUAAUAGAUCUUAUCGUUGUAAACUGCCAAAAGCUCGUGACAAUUCAAGCUCUUCCUCCCUCGCUCGAAACCUUAAAUGCAAACGACUGUGUAUCACUCAAGAGAGUAUGGUUCUCUUUCCAUAACCCAUUCAUGGUACUCACAUUCUACAACUGCUUGAAACUGGAUGAAGAAUCAAGAAGAGUAAUCAUGCAACAAUCAGUUUACGAGUAUAUAUGCUUACCAGGUACAGAAAUACCAGCAGAGUUCAGUCACAAAGCUGCAGGGAGGUCCAUAACAGUCCCAGUCGCUCCGGGUACUUUCUCUGCUUCCUCAAGAUUAAAGGCUUGCUUUCGACUUUUGCCAGUGGGCCACCGGUAUCACAGUAUAAGUUGUACUCGAAUGAGCAAAAGAGGUGUUGCAAUUAAAAUCUGUGACUUGGCAUGGUCUUCAGCUUGCCCUCCUCGGUCGGAACAUCUGUUUAUAUUCCAUGGUAAAUUGUAUCAUGGGCAACGAAACAGAUGGCCUGAAGUGGACGUCACUAUAAGUGAGAUUCUUUUUAAGUUCAACUGUUCCUUCGAUGGCAAUAUUAUUGAGUGUGGUGUACAGAGCAUGACGGAGGAAGCUGAGGAUAGUAGCAGCAGCGAAGCAGAGAACUUUGAAACUGAGAGUAGCAGAAGCGAAUCGGACUUUGAAACUGAGAGUAGCAGCAGCGAAGUGGACUACUGCGAAACUGAAGGCAACAACCACCACACAUAUGGAGAUGAAGACUAUGAAGCUGAAGGUUCAAAGUUAUCUGUUAUGCUCAAAUUUAGCAUAGAGCUAUUAAGAGAUCAGGAUCUAAUCCAAAAGGAUUUUAGACUCAAACAAUAGAUUUAUUAAUUAUGGUAAACAGGAAGAUUGUAAUGAAAUUGCAAAGUGAAAACAGAAAAUAAAAGAGUUCAGGGAAUUUUCUCAAGAAAUUAGUAUUGUAAUGAACAAUACUGAUUUCAUUAGAUAAACGUAUCCCAAUCUUGUCAUUACACUAGGUUCUGACUUUUGCGUGAUUGAAUCCCUUCCAAAAUUGUUAGAUAACAUCGUUUGGUUUAAAAGAGGGAAAAAAAUAAAAAGCCUUGUCAUUGUUGCUUCGUCGCUUUGGGGUCAAUCUUAAGAGAUGUGGAGUGGACGACGCUCUAUGGCUUUGUAGUUUUCCCAGUUAUUGACCAAGUGAACUCAA